AUGAAAGAUUUAGGAGACCUGAAGUACUUUCUUGGUAUAGAAUUUGCUAGAUUAGAGCAGGGUAUGUUGAUGCAUCAGAGAAAAUAUGCUCUAGAACUUAUAUCUGGAGUGGGGACUAACAACAAAGAGCAAGAUGAACUAUUACCUGAUGUAAGAAGUUAUCAGACAUUUAUAAGAGAACUUCUUUAUCUUACAGUAACAAGGCCUGACAUAGCAUACAAUGUCCAAACACUAAAUUGGGCAGCUUGCCCUCAUACCAGAAAGUCUACUACAGGUUUACUCAUUACGUUUGGUGACUCUCUAAUAUUUUGGAAGUCAAAGAAGCAGAGUGCAACUUUUAGAAGCCCUGCAGAAGCUGAAUAUAGAAGUCUAGCAUCCACAGUUGAAGAACUAACAUGGCUAUUGGGAUUGAUCAAAGACAUGGGAAUUGAGGUCAAACUUCCUGUCCAAUGA